AUGUCUCGCCGCAAGCAGGGCAAACCCCAGCACUUAAGCAAGCGGGAGUUUUCGCCUGAGCCUGUGUCGGCCGAUACCCUGGAGGAGUCACAGGAUCAUCCCAGGCUAGUGCCCUCGACGCCCAAAGGGGACCAGGACCUUCUGACGUGCGGUCAGUGCCAUACUAGAUUCCCCCUUGCGGACAUACUGAUGUUUAUCGAGCAUAAACGGAGGCAGUGCCAUGGUAGCGUCUGCAGGGACAAGGCCCCAGACCUGCCCCCCUCGCCCUCGCCCUCUCGUGUGGAGUCAAGGAGACCCCGUAUUGUCCCCGUGGAGGUAGCCGUCCAAGUCUCGCCCCACGGAGAAGAUCACCUAGCCACAACCCCACACGGAAUAUGCCCUAAACAGGAGAAUAUUACAGAUAAAGAUGAGCCCAGUAGCUAUACUUGUACAACGUGCAAGCAGCCCUUCAGCACUGCCUGGUUCCUGCUACAGCAUGCCCAGAACACACACGGCUUGCGCAUCUACCUGGAGAGUGAGCCCGGGAGUCCUCUCACACCCAGAGUGGCCUCUGCAGCUGGGAUGGGAGGUGACUGUGCUUCCCAGCCUCCCUUGCAUGCGGGUCACCUAGCAGACGGCAGUCCUUACAGUCUGAUGAGGCUUCCCAGCAGGGACGGAACUUCAGCCUCCAGAGAGGCGCGGUACCCUCGGACGCCCCCGCUCUUCAGUCCACCUCCACGUCACCACCUGAGUCCAGACGACUUGGUGUUGGCGCCCCACCACCCAAGCGCCUUUGACCGCGUGAUGCAUCUCAACUCCGUUCCUUUGGACACGCCAGCUAUGGACUUCUCACGCCGGCUGCGGGAACUGGCGGGAAACUCGGCCAGUGCCUCACCGCCGAUGUCUCCCAACCGGCCUAGCCCAAUGCAACGGUUGUUGCAACCAUUCCAACCCAUGGCGUCGCAGUCCCCGUCCGGCUCUCGCCUGACACCCAAUCAGCAGCUGCCGACUACACCGACGCCUAAGGCGAAGUCCUGCGAGUUUUGUGGCAAGUCCUUCAAGUUCCAGAGUAACUUGAUUGUGCAUAGGCGCAGUCACACCGGGGAGAAGCCCUACAAAUGUCACCUGUGCAACCACGCCUGCACCCAAGCCAGCAAGCUGAAACGCCAUAUGAAGACCCAUCGGCACAAGGCCUCAUCCACAACCUCCAAGUCCGAUGAUGGCCAGUCGACUGCCAGCUCUCCAGAGCCAGGCACAAGCGACUUGCUAGGCAGUGCCACUAGUGCACUCAAAUCUGUGGUGGCCAAACUCAAGACUGAGAAUAAUGGCAUGAUACCUGAGAAUGGAAAAGAGGAGGAGGAGGAGGAGGAGGAGGAGGAAGAAGAAGAAGAAGACGAUGAGGAAGAAGAAGAGGAAGAGGAUGACCGGAAAGACCUUCGCUUCAGCCUGAAUCUGGAGGGAGCACGGCACCACGAGAACAGCAGUGGCCGCAACAAGAGGGGUAUGGAGGUGACGCUACCUUACAGUGAUGCUCUCAACCCCCAUAAAAGGGGUCCUCUUGGGAACCCAAUGCAGCCAGACGGAGCUGAUGAAGAUUCUACCAUGGAGUCAGAUCGUGCCAACGACGGUUGUGGAGCCACCGUCAAUGGAACUGCCUCCUUUUUGAAUGAAAACCUUUCUCGAAAACUUCUGGCAGGCAGCCCUGGCUCUCUUAGCCCCCUGUCCAAAAGAAUCAAGGUGGAGAAGGACUUAGAACCCCUCACCCCAACAAUCCCUAAUACAGAGAACGUCUACUCACAAUGGCUGGCUGGCUACGCUGCAUCACGACAGCUCAAGGACCCUUUCCUCAACUUAGGGGACUCUAGACAAUCACCUUUCGCUUCUUCCUCAGAGCACUCCUCAGAAAAUGGCAGCCUAAGGUUCUCUACGCCGCCUGGCGAGUUAGAUGGAGGGGCUGCCUCCGGACGUAGCGGGACCGGAAGUGGGGCGAGUACUCCCCACCUACCUGGGCGACCCAGCUCCAAGGAUGGCCGACGCAGCGACACCUGUGAGUUUUGUGGCAAAGUCUUCAAGAACUGCAGUAACCUGACUGUGCACAGACGCAGUCACACUGGUGAGAGGCCGUACAAGUGUGAGCUGUGCAGUUACGCUUGCGCCCAGAGUAGCAAGCUAACGCGUCACAUGAAAACACACGGCCAGAUGGGAAAAGACGUUUACAAAUGUGAAAUAUGCCACAUGCCUUUCAGUGUGUACAGCACUCUGGAGAAACACAUGAAAAAGUGGCACAGUGACCGGUCAAUGAGUAAUGAAAUUAAAACUGAGUAG